AUGUCCCUCCACGCCUUCAGCUCUCCUACCGCCCAGAAAAGGGGCCCUUCUACGCCCUUGAUGUCUAGCAACCAUCCCAAAAGACAGCAAUUUGUACAGAAGACGCCUCAGAAAGAGAUCUUGACCAUCCACGCUACUGACUACCAGAGAGAGCUUCUCAUGUGCAAAUAUAACUUGUGGCUCACGCAAAAAGAGCUAGAUAAAGAGAAAGAGCUCAGGGAGUUCUUGGAGUUGGAGAGACGAAUGAACGAAGACGAGGGAGAAACGAGCGACAAGGAUGUGUAA